UUGGUUGAAGUACACAUUGUUCUACUCAUACCUCAAAAAAGGCAAAGCUUAUUCCCCCAAGACUUAGCUAGCACUAGCAAACACCUCUAUAUCUAAAAUGGUUUCAAUUUCUGAUCAUGAACUGGUUUUGAUCUUUGGUCUCCUAGGUAACAUUGUGUCAUUCAUGGUGUUCUUAGCACCCUUGCCAACCUUCUAUACAAUUUACAAGAAGAAAUCAUCAGAAGGAUUUCAAUCAAUUCCAUAUGCGGUUGCACUUCUUAGCGCACUGUUGCUUCUAUAUUAUGGCUUCAUAAAGACCAAUGCUACUUUGAUUAUCACCAUCAACUGUAUUGGAUGUGUUAUAGAAGUUUCAUACCUAACAAUGUACAUUAUAUAUGCUCCCAGGAAACAGAAGAUAUCCACUUUGGUAAUGAUACUCAUUGCCGACAUUGGAGGUUUUGGCUUAACCAUGUUAAUCACCACCUUUGCUGUGAAGGGCAUUAACCGUGUCCAUGCUGUGGGAUGGAUUUGUGCCAUUUUUAACAUUGCAGUGUUUGCUGCUCCCUUAAGCAUAAUGAGGAGGGUCAUAAAAACCAAAAGUGUAGAGUUCAUGCCAUUUUCAUUGUCCUUAUUUCUUACGCUCUGCGCCACCAUGUGGUUUUUCUAUGGUUUCUUCGACAAGGAUGACUUCAUUAUGUUUCCAAAUGUGUUAGGAUUUAUUUUUGGCAUCUCUCAAAUGAUUUUAUACAUGAUAUACAAGAAUUCUAAGAAGAAUGGAGAAACCAAUUGUACAGAGCAGCAAGAAAGUGAGGGCACAGUGAACUCCAAACAGCACAGCUGCGAUGGAAAUAAACUCGAUUUUCCUUCACUGGUGGAAAUGAAAGAGAAUCAACUCAAUCAAGUUUGAUGUUAUGUUGAUAAGUGUCUAAGUUCUAGCGUUUGAUGGAGGACUAUAUAUAGGCUUAGGAUGAAUGUUGAAUAACUAAUGUCUCGUAUCUAAUUAUACAUACUGUUGUAAUAACAACUGUUGCCACUUGGCAUGCAUUGACUAUAUAAUAGACUAAUGAUCAUAGUUCUGGUUAAAGUAUAUGGUUUGGUUCCGAGUGAAA